AUGGCUUCGACAUCAUCUCUACCUAAAGCUGCAAACACUCAUCUUCAGGAUAGUAUCGCAGCCGACAGUAUCCUGGAAUCUCUAGAGUCUCUGGCGGCAGGAAACAUCCCCAUCUCCCUCCGCAAUGAUGAGGAGAAACGCUUACGCUUUCUCGAAGCUGCUAGAACGGCUUCUUUGAAGCUAGAGCAACCGUGGGAUACUAUGCAGCGGCUGAUAUUCUGUGCCUUGCCGCCUAACAUCGCGCAGGUGGGUAUUGAUCUGGGGCUGUGGAGACUCCUUUCUGAGCGAGGGGGAACGGCCAUAAGCGCUAGUGAACUGGCCGCCAAAUUAGGCGUUGAAAAACCACUACUUGUACGAGUACUGCGCUACGCAGCGACGCAGUGGAUGGUGGAGCAGGUUGAUAUCGACACAUACCGGGCAACAGACAUAACGCACUACUUAUCUAUGUCGGGACUAGAGUCUGUCAUAUUCCAUGUGACCGAGAGAAAUAUUGCAGUGUACAAUGCGAUACCAAAGUGGAUGUCAGAGAAUUCGUAUAAACAACCUCAGGAUAACAAAAACCUUCCAUUCCAACUCUCUAAGAACACCAACCUACACUUUUUUGAAUGGCUGUCGCAG